AUGGCGGCGGCGUGCGCGAUGGAGAUGAUUCACACGAUGUCGCUCAUCCACGACGACCUGCCCUGCAUGGACAACGACGACUUCCGCCGCGGCAAACCCACCAACCACAAGGUGUACGGCGAGGACGUGGCGGUGCUGGCGGGCGACGCGCUGCUGUCGUUCGCCUUCGAGCACGUGGCGCGCGCGACGCCCUCGUCCGUGCCGGCGGAGCGCGUGGUGCGCGUGAUCGCCGACAUGGGCAAGGCCGUCGGCUCCGAGGGACUCGUCGCGGGCCAGAUCGUGGAUCUGGAGAGCGCAACUAACCCGGUGGGCGUGGAGACGUUGGAGUACAUCCACGUGCACAAGACGGCGGCGCUGCUGGAGGUGUCGGUGGUGGCGGGCGCCGUGCUGGGCGGCGCCAGCGACGACCAGGUGGAGCGCCUCCGCAAGUACGCCCAGUUCGUGGGGCUCGGCUUCCAGGUGGUGGACGACAUUUUGGACGUGACCAAGUCCACGGAGGAGCUCGGCAAGACGGCCGGCAAGGACCUCGCACAGGACAAAACCACCUACCCCAAGUUGCUGGGGCUGGAGAAGUCCAAGGAGCUGGCGGAGGAGCUGAUUCGGAAGGCCAAGGAGCAGCUCAGCACAUUCGACCAGCACAAGGCGGCUCCCCUCAUCGGCCUUGCUGACUUCAUUGCUUAUCGCCAAAAUUGA